AUGUGUUCUGAGAUCACAGUUCCGAAGGAAGGAAGAAACUGGGUAGUUGAGGUGAUGUGUGCCUGUAAUCCCACCAAGGGCAAUCCGGAGGCUGAGAGGAAAUCUAAGCCACCGGCCACAGUGCAACCCGCUCCUGUCCUGCCCGACAGGAAGCAGCACCAGGUUCCCGACCAAAGCCAGGGUUGCGCCAGGGUUCCUGCCAGGCCUGCGGGCCGGAGAGCUAGCGGCCCUGGGCGCUUCUGUUCUAGGAAAUUCCCCUGCUUGCCCCUGCGGGAGCAAGCUGAGCCCUUCAAAGCCCUGGCUGAGAAGCCCCUGGGCCGCUUCCAAGACUAUCUGCUCCCACAGCAGCCCCUGUGCAGCAGGGGGGGUGUGCAGGGCGGGAGGCGUGGUGCCAAGGUUCAACAUGUGUCCCGAGGUUCACGCGCUGGAAACUGUGUCCCCAGCGUCAGGAGGCAGGACCUACCAGGUCAGCAGUUAUCGCGGGAGGACUGGGUCCGCUCAUGCGCCUCACAGGUGCUGCCAUCCUCCGAGCGCCGCCUCGGCCAUGCUCAAGAAGGCUGUCCCCAGACGCAGCCUGGGGCCCGGGAGCAGGGUAAAUGCCUGUUCUUUACAAACUCCGCUAUCUCAAGCGCUGACCUAACAGCACCACACAGACAAGGUCCUGCAGGCUGCGGGGGACCUGCUCCCUGGUUCGCUCUGCCAUUCAGAGGGAGUCUGCAUGCACGUUCCAAAUCGGAGUCAGCGCGGAGAGGCCUGGUGCACACCCGCCUCUGCGCCCACACAGGCGUGGAGACCUCUUCCCUAUGGAGAAAACCAAAGAACGCCGGGAUGAACCCCUACCCGAGACCUGUGAAGGAAGACCUGAAGGCAGCGUUGGCCCUACCAUUCCACAGCUCCUCAUUAACACAGGGCCCUUUUGUGACUCCGAGACAGCUGGCGACACCACUGCACUGGAAAGCACACGUGAGGGAUGCCAGCCUCGAGGACACGAGGGCGGCCGUCAGGAGUCGCAGUGGGCUCUGCGGACGCAGGGUGGAGGGCGUGGUGUGCAGACCACAGCACAGUGGCCGGGAGGCCCCAGGCCCUCAGGAGCAAGUCCAGGUCUGAUCCCAGCUAGGGGACGCCCCCAGGAGCGCAAGACACAGGCCCCAAAGCCAAAUUGGCCCAAACCCAGAUGCCACCCACAGGCAGCGCUCACAGCAAAUUAGCCUGGUGCUGUGCGAUGUCCACAUGUUCCCGGGACCACACGCAGGGUCUCCCAUGGGGCUGGCAGCGAGGGCAGCGUGGAACGUGCUUAAAGGGACUUUGCAGUUAGAAGACACAAGAGGCCCACGAGGCACAGCAGGACAGCCACUGCCCGGUGUGUGCUCUUCAGAAUCAUCUAGAACACCUCAAAAUGCAGAGUCCUGGUCUCCAGCCUCUCCCUAGCCCCCAGCACACAAAGCGAUCCUCAGGAGCAUCAAAGCCGGAGCCCCUGCUGCUACCGAAUGCUUCACUAGGGCCCCUGGAGUACGGCGUUAGGUUGAGUGGCUUUCCCAAGGGUACACAGCAUCUGUGCAAGCCGCCGGGCUAUACUCAGGGCUUCAGAUACAACACCCAGCCUCCCGGGUGUGCCCAUUGGGGGGCUGUCAGAGCACCCCAGAGACUUCCAGAUGUGGAAAGAGGGUAAGAAGCACAGUCGUUCUGCCUGCCAAGGGACUACUGACAACUUCCUCAUGUCGGCUUCUGCUGGGGUUUGCGAUUCUGAGGCCUCUGGCCCAAGCCUCUCUGGGCCAGAGAUUCUGCAUCUGGCUCUAUGAUGACUGCAGUUGCACCGUCCUCUGGGAGACGUGGGAAAUCCCUGUUCGCGUGUGUGGAGAUCUCUCCGAGCCUCAGUUUACCUUUUUUAAGAUGGAGAGAAUGCCGGCACUCUUACGUCUUCUUUGGGGCUCUGCAGAUCAACUGAAUGAUCACACCAAAAAAUCCUGCAAACCCCUAAAGCAGGGAAAGAAGUUUUCUGGACCCACACAGAGGUGUCCUUGAAGCCAGGGCCGUUGUUGUCACGCACUUAAUAACCCUGAUGUCAGAAUACUGUGUGACUCCUCUGCCUACCCCAUCAUUCAAGAAGGCCAGCCAGCUCCUCCUGGUUUCCGGGGGACUGGUGAAAUAUUUUCUGCAAGUGAUCUGGAGAGGAAUUCCUAUUCUGCGGGACUAAACCAGAUUUUUUACAUAUUACUACUACUAAUAAUAAAUACUUAGCAUUGAAUCAAGAUGCAAGAUGUAUGUGCAUGUACCAAUUCCCCAGGGUGAAUGUAAUGAUGAUGUAUCACAAACAUACGCCAAAAUAUAGAGAGAGAAAAGAAAAAAACAAACAAAAACCUUAGCAUCGUGUUGUUACUAGGCACCAAGCACUGUGCCAAACAUUUUACCUGCAGUUAUUGUAUUUAGCCCUCACACCACUCUAGUGAAUGAGCAGGAUUAAAAAGUAGAAAUAUAAAUGAAAUGUUCUCCUGUUCCCUUUUCACGAACUUGGGAAAUGUGGCUGGAAAAAGCUCAAGAAUUGCCCAAGAUCACACAGUUGCUAAGGGACAGGUUCAAACUCCACGUAGCAGAGUCUCCAGGGACAAAGUCCUGAUAAAGGGGCUAAUGACGGGUCACUGUCGUCAGGAGCCUGACCUUCCCCGUGGCGCAGCCUGGCAUUUCCCAAUGGAAUGUUCCUCCCCGCGUCGGCUGAGGCCGAGGGCUCUGGCAGCCUCAGGUCACCUGUCUCAGCCUGGCCAAACUGGAGCACAGGCUGGGUGCGACACAGUUCGACAUGUACGUUGUUAAGCGAACCUCCUGGGAGAGCACUCUAAAUAGAGGCUAAUGCCAUGCUGUGAACUACAGUAUUUGGGUUAUGAAGCUCGGAUUCUCUGACUCUUGCAGGAAAAAAAGAAUUGUGUCAUGAAGCGCUGAGAAGCCCAAGCAGCAGUUCCAGGAUCAGGACAGCAGCGAGCUCGUUGGGCUGGAGGCAAGGCUCUUCCUGGGGGCUUCAGAGAUUUCACUCACACUUCGUAGCAUCUGAACCCCAGACACUCCCAAGAACCACUAGCUCUGGGAGGCUGAGGCAGGAGGACUUUGAAUUUGAGCCCAGACUGGGCAGCUCAGCA